AUGGACGCUCUGAAGUUCAGGAGCUUCCUCGAACAGUUUCACCCUGAUAAAAUGAACAGAGAACUGAAUAAGGUGAGUAGUGGUUACUUGAUAAGAUGAGUAGUGGUAACUCAAUAAGAUGAGCAUAGUUCGUGGCUGGAGAUUUCAUGCACACCAUUCAGUAAAAAAAAGAAAAUGGAUAAUGAAUACAAAACGCCCAUUCAUGAUGUAACCAUUUGGCAACUUAUAAAAUGAACAUGGUCGUCUUGUUGGGUUGGGGUCAAUGACGUAUAUAUAAACCCCUGGAUUGCUGAUGCUAUGUAUUGGCCAAUGAGAGGCUUUGAAGCCACCGGGCGGCCAUAUUGGUUCUCCCCAGCAGGAGCAGUGCUCCAUAGGAAUGAAUGGAAUUCUACAAUAUUGCAAUUAAAUGUUUCAACAACAAAUUUACAUGUAUUUAAGUAUUUUGUUGUUGUAGUGGGGACAGAAGCAUUACUACUCUCUACAAGUUCUACUUAAGGAACAUUUUUGUGUAUAUAUAUAUAUUUGUAUUUCUUAGUUUAGCUCAUAUAAUAUAAUUUAAAAGUAUGCAUUAGGGUGUCUGUAAUGGAAUAAACAUGGGGGAAAAUGAAUAUAGACAUUAAUAAAUGUUUGCUAAUUUAUAAAAACUAAAAUCUAAAAAAAUUAAUAUUUUACAUAAGUAUUCAGACCCUCAGUACUUUGUUAAAGCACCUUUGGCAGCGACUACAGCCUCGAGUCUUCUUGGGUAUGACGCUACAAGCUUGGCACGCCUGUAUUUGGGGAGUUUCUCCCAUUCUUCUCUGCAGAUCCUCUCAAGCUCUGUCAGGUUGGAUGGGGAGCGUCACUGCACAGCUAUUUUCAGGUCUCUCCAGAGAUGUUCGAUCGGGUUCAAGUCCGGGCUCUGGCUGGGCCACUUAAGGACAUUCAGAGCCUUGUACCGAAGCCACUCUUGCGUUGUCUUGGCUGUGUGCUUAGGGUCGCUGUCCUGUUGGAAGGUGAACCUUUGCCCCAGUCUGAGGUCCUGAGUGCUCUGGAGCAGGUUUUCAUCAAGGAUCUCUCUGUACUUUGCUCCGUUCAUCUUUCCCUUGAUCCUGACUAGUUUCUCAGUCCCUGCAGCUGAAAAACAUCCCCACAGCAUGAUGCUGCCACCACCAUGCUUCACCGUAGGGAUUGUGCCAGGUUUCCUCCAGAUGUGAGGCUUGGCAUUCAGGCCAAUGAGUUCAAUCUUGGUUUCAUCAGACCAGAGAAUCUUGUUUCUCAUGGUCUGAGAGUCCUGUAGGUGCCUUUUGGCAAACUCCAAGCGGGCUGUCAUGUGCCUUUUACUGAGGAGUGGCUUCCGUCUGGCCACUCUACCAUAAAGGCCUGAUUGGUUGAGUGCUGCAGAGAUGGUUGUCCUUCUGGAAGGUUAUCCCAUCUCCACAGAGGGACUAAGGAGCUCUGUCAGAGUGACCAUCGGGUUCUUGGUCACCUCCCUGACCAAUGCCCUUCUCCCCUGAUUGCUCAGUUUGGCCGGGCGGCCAGCUCUAGGAAGAGUCUUGGUUGUUCCAAACUUCUUCCAUUUAAGAAUGAUGGAGGCCACUGUGUUCGUGGGGACCUUUAAAUGCUGCAGACAUUUUUUGGUAUCCUUCUGCAAAUCUGUGCCUUGACACAAUCCUGUCUCGGAGCUCUACGGACAAUUCCUUCGACCUCAUGGCUUGGUUUUUGCUCUGACAUGGGACCUUAUAUAGACAGGUGUGUGCCUUUCCAAAUCAUGUCCAAUCAAUUGAAUUUGCCACAGGUGGACUCCAAUCAAGUUGUAGAAACAUCUCAAGGAUGAUCAAUGGAAACAGGAUGCACCUGAGCUCAAUUUCGAGUCUCAUAGCAAAGGGUCGGAAUACUUAAUGUAAAUAAGGUAUUUCUGUUUAUUAUUUUGAAUACAUUUGCAAAGAUUUCUAAAAAUCUGUUUUCGCUUCGUCAUUACGGGGUAUUGUGUUUAGAUUUAGGGAAAAAAUGUAUUUAAUCCAUUUUAGAAUAAUGUCGUAACGUAACAAAAUGUGGAAAAAGUCAAGGGGUCUGAAUAAUUUCCGAAGGCACUCUAGAUAUAUUCUUGGCUACGUCCUUGGGAAUCACCCAUUCUCUGCUUCUCAUAUCUGGAGUGCUUCUGCUUUAAGUAAAAUUUGUCGUCCGUUGUACUGUAGACACAAAUAUGAACAUAUCUGUAAUAUUAAUGACGGUGUAAGUAAGGAGGGCGUUAGUCUACAGCUAUCGCUGUUUGAUGUUAAGCUUUGAUCUUCCAUCCGUGUGUGUGAGUGUGCGAGUGUCGUUCCUUUAAAAUGAUUAUAUGCAUCAGUGAGAACCUUAAUUGAAGUUGAAAUUAGCCUUGUCACGUUGAUUUAAUAGCUUUAGUGUCGAGCCAUUGCAUACAAUCAGACAAAGACAACACAAUGAUCUCAUAGUCACUGCUGCCAAAUGUAACGUCAUCUGAAAUGACUAACGUGUACUCUUCCUCUGAGGUAAACAAUAAACAUUGGAGUUGGUUUAAGAAUGGAAGAUGCCAUCUUGAGUGAUGAAAUGUUUAGCUAGUUAAUUAAGGCUAUCAUGUCCCAUUAUGAUCUGCUAUUUUAUGCAUUAGUUGAUCUAAAUCAAGUUUAUUUAACCUUUUGUUUAACCAGGUAAGUUAUUGAGAACACAUUCUUUUUUUACAAUAGCAACCUGACAAUGGUGGUAAAUUACAUCAGAAUACUUCAGGUAUCCAUUUCUUCACAUAAUAUUCUCUGAUAGUAAUUGACAAAGUGAAAUUAAAAGACAUUACGUUGAUGUUGUGAAGUCUCACUUCAGGAAGAAAAAAAAAAAGCUGACCGUUCUAACAGGAGGUGAAAAAUAACCCGAACAUGGAGAGCAAUUCUGUUUGGAGGGUUGUUUAAGAAACUGCCCAAUCUGCCCUUUUAAACCCUAGAAUUUACCACUGGACAGACAGGGGGUGUACGUCCCAAAUGGCACCCUAUUCCCUAUAUAGUGCACUACUUUUGACCAGGGCCCAUAGUGCACUAUGUAGGGAAAUGGGUGCCAUUUGGGACACGACGGGGGAGGAGCCGUACUCAGCAUUCAUUCUCACUUAAGUCACCUUAAUUCCCAAGUGAAAAUGGAUGUCCAGAGCCCCUUGCGUAUAUCCAUCAUUUAAUUUGCUGAGGUGCCUCGUGUCAAUGUUAGAAGACACCUGUCUUGUCAAGUCAAUCCAUAUCAAAAUCCCUUCCAGAUGUGAAUGGGGCGUAGGUCGGAUAGGUGUAAUUGGCAGUUCUACGACAUGUAAAUGAAAUCAAGCUCUAUAUGUGUGAACUGUGAAGUUGUUAAAUGAUCAUUUUAAAAAUGCAUGGUUAAUACUCAGGCCAACCGGAUCUUUCCUCAGGGCUUUUUUUUACGCACGCAGCAUGCAUUACAUUGAAUAAUGUGCCAAGCUUUAGGACCGGCACGCAGCAUGCAUUGAAUUUAAUAAUGUGCCAAGCUUUAGGCCCGGCAGGCAGCAUGCAUUACAUUGUUAUGUUAUAUAUAUUUUCCAUUUACGUGUGUUAAUGUAUAGGACCAUACUAGAGUUCUCAUGAUUACGUUAUGGAACUUACCAGAGAUAUGGAACUGCACUAAACAGAGAUGUGGAACUGCACUAAACAGAGAUGUGGAACUGCACUAAACAGUGAUCAGAGGAGCCCUAAGGCUUCCUUCUGGCUUUAGUGUAGUUUAAUGAGAUCUCAUCGUAUUACUACUUACUGGUACCCAGCCAGGGCCUGCCCUAGUCUGAUGACUUGACAUACUGUCACAUCAGUAUUCUCACAUCAGCAUUGACCAACUGACGACUCAGUUUAUUUCUCACCAGUGCAAUUUACAUGAUCCCCCCAUGUCUGAGAAAUGUGGUUGCUCUUUUUUGUGUUUUGUUUUGUAUAUCUUCCAAAUCUUUCUCCCCCCCUCCUUUAGGCAUACUGUGGCUUCUCCCGCCCGGGGGAGAGGAGUGAGGAUCUCUCUGCGGUUGCUACGGGGAACUGGGGCUGUGGAGUGUUCGGGGGAGACGCUAGGUUUAAAGGUAAGCUUGGGGCAGCAUAGCACUUACUCAAAAUGGCUGAUGUUACAUUUACAUUUUAGUCAUUUAGUAGACACUCUUUUCCACUUCUUUUGGUGGACUGAAUAUGUGCCAGGACUCAUUUUCUCUUCCGGCCCAAGUUAAACUCUGCUCUUAUCCAGGGCAACUUGCAAUACGUGCCUUUAACUAAAUUAGGUUAAAAAAAACUAAACACAACCACAUAUCACCAUUUUUGCUAUAAAACCUUAUUCGAAAAACACAUUUUAAAGAAUUUAACAUUUAACAUACUUCUGCGUCGUCGCGGUCCAAAGUGGACAGGGUUAGAGAAGAGUAUAGGAGAGAGUAUGAUUUGAACCUCCAGUGGACUGUACUGUUGAGUAUAGGAGAGAGUAUGAUUUGAACCUCCAGUGGACUGUACUGUUGAGUAUAGGAGAGAGUAUGACUUGAACCUCCAGUGGACUGUACUGUUGAGUAUAGGAGAGAGUAUGAUUUGAACCUCCAGUGGACUGUACUGUUGAGUAUAGGAGAGAAGGAGUAUGAUUUGAACCUCCAGUGGACUGUACUGUUGAGUAUAGGAGAGAAAGAGUAUGAUUUGAACCUCCAGUCCUGACAUGAGUCCCAAAUGGCACCCUGUUCCCUAUAAUAUAGUGCACUACUUUUGACCAGAUCCCUAUGGGCCCUGGCCAAAAGUAGUGCACUAAAAGUAGGGAAUAAGGUACCAUUUGGAACGCAUUGCAGUUAGUAUGGCCUGUCCCCUCUCUCGUUAGCCUUGGCUGUGGAAUACAUUCAUUUACUUAAUGCCUAUUUGUCUGCCCACUUAUUGAUCAAAUGACAACGUUGAUAUUUUUCAUUAACAGUGGAAUUGAUCGCCUGCCCCAGCCCACCCAUCCAUUAUGGACCUAGGGGCAAUUCCACGAUAACGGAAUUACGCUGAGACUCCCGAUUUUUCACUUUAAAAUGUAUGCCAAACAAAAAAAAAACAUUGAUUUCAAAGUUUAACAAACCAUACAAACCCUAUGCACAAUGACUACUUUGAACAAUUGACACAGUAAAAAAUAUUAAAUAAAGGUUUACUGGAAAAGAUGUGCAGAUGCAAAGUUUGGUAACAGAAUUACGGUAAAAUCUCCCUCAAUUGUAUUUUGCCACCAAACGUUGUAUCUGCACAGUUCUUCCUGUAUAUUUGUUUUUUUGUAAAAAGCGAAAAGUUUAAUUGUUCAAGGUGUUCCAUUGUUUGUAAAACUUUGAAAUCAGUGGUUUUCGUUUGGUAUACAUUUGAAAGUAAAACAAAUCGGGACUCGGUGUAAUUCAAGUACAUUUCCAUGGUAACGAUCCCAUUAGUGUUCCUACACCACUGUCUAUAGGCAGAGGGGCUCAUAGGAGGACACCGCCAGACUCCUGCGCUACCGCUAACAGUUAGCACCCAGUGGUGCUUUAAGACUAAAUACACUGGCUGAAACCAGCUCAGAGUUUUAAUGGCUGUGAUAGGAGAAAACUGAAUAUGGAUCAACAACAUUGUAGUUACUCUAAAAUACUAACCAAAAUGACAGAGGGGAAAAGAAGGAAGCCUGUACAGAAUACAAAUAUUCCAAAACAUGCAUCUUGUUUGCACUAAAGUAAAACUGGAAAACAAUGUGGCAAAGAAAUUAACGUCAUGUCCUGAAUAAAAAAAAGUGUUAUGUUUGGGGAAAAUACAUCACAACACAUCACUGAGUACCACUCUUUAUAUUUUCGAGCAUGGUGGUGGCUGCAUCAUGUUAUGGGUAUGCUUGUCAUCAGCAAGGACUAGGGAGUUUUUUAGGAUAAAAAUAAACAGAACAGAGCUAAGCACAGGCAAAAUCCUAGAGGAAAACCUGUCUGUCUGCUUUCCAACAGACACUGGGAGACUAGAGGAAAACCUGUCUGUCUGCUUUCCAACAGACACUGGGAGACUAGAGGAAAACCUGUCAGUCUGCUUUCCACCAGACACUGGGAGACCAAUUCACCUUCCAGCAGGACAAUAACCUAAAACACAAGGUCAAAUAUACACUGGAGUUGCUUACCAAGAAGACAUUGAAUGUUUCUGAGUGGCCUAGUCACAGUUUUGACAUAAAUCGGCUUGAAAACGUUAGGAACACCUGCUCUUUCCAUGACAGACUGACCAGGUGAAUCCAGGUGAACGCUAUGACCCCUUAUUGAUGUCACUUGUUAAAUCCACUUCAAUCAGUGUAGAUGAAGAUGAGGAGACAGGUUAAAGAAGGAUUUUUAAGCCUUGAGACAAUUGAGACAUGGAUUGUGGAUGUGUGCCAUUCAGAGGGUGAAUGGGCAAGACAAAAUAUUGAAGUUCCUUUGAACGAGGGGUAUGGUAGUAGGUGCCAGGCGCACCGGUUUGUGUCAAGAACUGCAACGCUGCUGGGUUCUUCACGCUCAACAGUUUCCCGUGUGUAUCAAGAAUGGUCCCCCACCCAAAGGACAUCCAGCCAACUUGACACAACUGUGGGAAGCAUUGGAGUCAACAUGGACCAGCAUUCCUGUGGAUCGCUUUCGACACCUCGUAGAGUCCAUGCCCCGACGAAUUGAGGCUGUUCUGAGGGCAAAAGGGGGGGGGGGGGGUGCAAUUCAAUGUUAGGAAGGUGUUCCUAAUAUUUGGUAUACUCAGUAUAUCCAGUGCCUUCGGAAAGUAUUCAUACCCCUUGACUUAUUCCACAUGUUGUUGUGUUACAGCCUGAAUUCAAAAUGGAUUCGAUUUUGUAUUUAUUUAUCUGAACCAGUUAGUUAAUUAGCUUAACGCCGGUCCAGAACCAGUUAGUUAAUUAGCCUAGCAUCGGUCCAGAACCUGUUAGUUAAUUAGCCUAGCAUUGGUCCAGAACCAGUUAGUUAAUUAGCCUAGCGCCGGUCCAGAACCAGUUAGUUAAUUAGCCUAGCGCCGGUCCAGAACCAGUUAGUUAAUUAGCCUAGCGCUGGUCCAGAACCAGUUAGUUAAUUAGCCUAGCGUCGGUCCAAAACCAGUUAGUUAAUUAGCCUAGCGCCGGUCCAGAACCAGUUAGUUAAUUAGCCAAGCGCCGGUCCAGAACCUGUUAGUUAAUUAGCCUAGCAUUGGUCCAGAACCAGUUAGUUAAUUAGCCUAGCGCCGGUCCAGAACCAGUUAGUUAAUUAGCCUAGCGUCGGUCCAGAACCAGUUAGUUAAUUAGCCUAGCGCCGGUCCAGAACCAGUUAGUUAAUUAGCCUAGCGCCGGUCCAGAACCAGUUAGUUAAUCAGCCUAGCGCCGGUCCAGAGCCAGGCAGGCAGGACCCCUGUCUCUAUGAAGUCAACUGGCAGUUUUCUUACCCCACUGUCUUCUUAAUGGCAUGCCUCUGGGGAGAACAGACACUUAAUAUAGCCCAGUGUUCCCCUCUGUUUACUUGGUUUUGCUCUCAAAUAGCUCCAUCCAUGCUUUUAAUUGUGGGACAAGUUGGAAGAGUGAUGACAACAUGAAAAAGGAGGAACUGAAAGUCUGUGAAAAGAGAAGCCUCAGCCCCCAGCGUUGCAGAUGUUUAUUCAGCAGUGUUCGUAGCUCGUUACUGUUGCCUCUCUGUCCCGGUUGCUUUAUUAAUCAGCAGACUUUAUUUCCAGACUCUUUAUGAAAUAUUCACAAGGUUCUGGGGCCAGAACCUGCCUUCCCCUGCUCACACGGUGACUAAGUCUGGCUCCUCAGUGGGGGGACUGGGUAUUCAUUCAUUUCUUAAUUCAUUCUGAGUCCUGGUGUGAAAUAUGACAGUUUAAAUUGCUCUGGCUGAAUCUGGUUGUGUUGUCGCAGUCUUCAGCGUGUUUACUCUAGGAUCCUGGUAUCCUGUCUUGUACUGUAUCUGAAGAAAGCAUCGGCCCUGUAUAGACGGUUUCUCUCUCCCUUCCUCUCCCUUCCUCUCCCUCUCUCUCCAUCUCUCUCCCCCCCCCCCCCCCCCCCCCCCCCCCCCCCCCCAUCUCCCCACUCCCUCCAGCUCUGCUCCAGAUUCUGGCAGCCUCUGAGGCGGGCCGAGACGUGGCCUAUUUCACCUUUGGUGACAGCGCCCUGAUGAAAGACGUCUACGAAAUGCACUACUUCCUCACACAGAGACACGUCAGCGUCGGUAAGGCACAUACAAUCUCCCUCUCCACAAUGUGUACUGCCAUGUCCCUAACCCUCACACAGAGACACGUCAGCGUCGGUAAGGCACAUACAAUCUCCCUCUCCACAAUGUGUACUACCAUGUCCCUAACCCUCACACAGAGACACGUCAGCGUCGGUAAGGCACAUACAAUCUCCCUCUCCACAAUGUGUACUACCAUGUCCCUAACCCUUCACACAGAGACACGUCAGCGUCGGUAAGGCACAUAAAAUCUCCCUCUCCACAAUGUGUACUACCAUGUCCCUAACCCUUCACACAGAGACACGUCAGCGUCGGUAAGGCACAUCUCCCUCUCCACAAUGUGUACUUUCCAUGUCCUAACCCUUCACACAGAGACACGUCAGCGUCGGUAAGGCACAUCUCCCUCUCCACAAAGUGUACUACCAUGUCCCUAGCCCUUCACACAGAGGGCACGUCAGCGUCGGUAAGGCACAUACAAUCUCCCUCUCCACAAUGUGUACUACCAUGUCCCUAACCCUUCACACAGAGACACGUCAGCGUCGGUAAGGCACAUACAAUCUCCCUCUCCACAAUGUGUACUACCAUGUCCCUAACCCUUCACACAGAGACACGUCAGCGUCGGUAAGGCACAUCUUCCUCUCCAUGUGUAGGCCACUCCCAUGGCUCUCUCUAUACCAGGCCUGUUCAAUUUCAGUCCUGGAGGGCAGAAACACUUCUGGGUUUUGUUUGUACCUGGUAGUUAAUUGCACUCACUUAAUACUGAAAUGCAUUUGAUGAUUUAAGACGCGUCUCCCUCUACCAUAUCUACUGUACUCCCCUGGCUCACAUCAGAUCUCCCUCUACCAUAUCUACUGUACUCCCCUGGCUCACAUCAGAUCUCCCUCUACCAUAUCUACUGUACUCCCCUGGCUCACAUCAGAUCUCCCUCUACCAUAUCUACUGUACUCCCCUGGCUCACAUCAGAUCUCCCUCUACCAUAUCUACUGUACUCCCCUGGCUCACAUCAGAUCUCCCUCUACCAUAUCUACUGUACUCCCCUGGCUCACAUCAGAUCUCCCUCUACCAUAUCUACUGUACUCCCCUGGCUCACAUCAGAUCUCCCUCUACCAUAUCUACUGUACUCCCCUGGCUCACAUCAGAUCUCCCUCUACCAUAUCUACUGUACUCCCCUGGCUCACAUCAGACCUCCCUAUACUAUGUACAGUGGGGGAAAAAAGUAUUUAGUCAGCCACCAAUUGUGCAAGUUCUCCCACUUAAAAAGAUGAGAGAGGCCUGUAAUUUUCAUCAUAGGUACACGUCAACUAUGACAGACAAAAUGAGAGAAAAAAAUCCUGUCGCUGGGCAACACGGACUUUCAACUCCCUCCAAAGAUUUUCUAUGGGGUUGAGAUCUGGAGACUGGCUAGGCCACUCCAGGACCUUGAAAUGCUUCUUACGAAGCCACUCCUUUGUUGCCCGGGCGGUGUGUUUGGGAUCAUUGUCAUGCUGAAAGACCCAGCCACGUUUCAUCUUCAAUGCCCUUGCUGAUGGAAGGAGAUUUUCACUCAAAAUCUCACGAUACAUGGCCCCAUUCAUUCUUUCCUUUACACGGAUCAGUCGUCCUGGUCCCUUUGCAGAAAAACAGCCCCAAAGCAUGAUGUUUCCACCCCCAUGCUUCACAGUAGGUAUGGUGUUCUUUGGAUGCAACUCAGCAUUCUUUGUCCUCCAAACACGACGAGUUGAGUUUUUACCAAAAAGUUCUAUUUUGGUUUCAUCUGACCAUAUGACAUUCUCCCAAUCCUCUUCUGGAUCAUCCAAAUGCAUUCUAGCAAACUUCAGACGGGCCUGGACAUGUACUGGCUUAAGCAGGGGGACACGUCUGGCACUGCAGGAUUUGAGUCCCUGGCGGCGUAGUGUGUUACUGAUGGUAGGCUUUGUUACUUUGGUCCCAGCUCUCUGCAGAUCAUUCACUAGGUCCCCCCGUGUGGUUCUGGGAUUUUUGCUCACCGUUCUUGUGAUCAUUUUGAACCCACGGGGUGAGAUCUUGCGUGGAACCCCAGAUCGAGGGAGAUUAUCAGUGGUCUUGUAUGUCUUCCAUUUCCUAAUAAUUGCUCCCACAGUUGACUUCUUCAAACCAAGCUGCUUACCUAUUGCAGAUUCAGUCUUCCCAGCCUGGUGCAGGUCUACAAUUUUGUUUCUGGUGUCCUUUGACAGCUCUUUGGUCUUGGCCAUAGUGGAGUUUGGAGUGUGACUGUUUGAGGUUGUGGACAGGUGUCUUUUAUACUGAUAACGAGUUCAAACACGGUGCCAUUAAUACAGGUAACGAGUGGAGGACAGAGGAGCCUCUUAAAGAAUAAGUUACAGGUCUGUGAGAGCCAGAAAUCUUGCUUGUUUGUAGGUGACCAAAUACUUAUUUUCCACCAUAAUUUGCAAAUAAAUUCAUUAAAAAUCCUACAAUGUGAUUUUCUGGAUUUUUUUUCUCAAUUUGUCUGUCAUAGUUGACGUGUACCUAUGAUGAAAAUUACAGGCCUCUCUCAUAUUUUUAAGUGGGAGAACUUGCACAAUUGGUGGCUGACUAAAUACUUUUUUUCCUCACUGUACAACACUGUCUAGUGUUCUAUAGUUCUAUACAUACAACACUGUCUAGUAUUCUAUAGUUCUAUACAUACAACACUGUGUAGUGUUCUAUAGUUCUAUACAUACAACACUGUCUAGUGUUCUAUACAUACAACACUGUCUAGUGUUCUAUAGUUCUAUACAUACAACACUGUCUAGUGUUCUAUAGUUCUAUACAUACAACACUGUCUAGUGUUCUAUAGUUCUAUACAUACAACACUGUCUAGUGUUCUAUAGUUCUAUACAUACAACACUGUCUAGUGUUCUAUAGUUCUAUACAUACAACACUGUCUAGUGUUCUAUACAUACAACACUGUCUAGUGUUCUAUAGUUCUAUACAUACAACACUGUCUAGUGUUCUAUAGUUCUAUACAUACUACACUUUCUAGUGUUCUAUACAUACAACACUGUCUAGUGUUCUAUAGUUCUAUACAUACAACACUGUCUAGUGUUCUAUACAUACAACACUGUCUAGUGUUCUAUAGUUCUAUACAUACAACACUGUCUAGUGUUCUAUAGUUCUAUACAUACAACACUUUCUAGUGUUCUAUACAUACAACACUGUCUAGUGUUCUAUAGUUCUAUACAUACAACACUGUCUAGUGUUCUAUAGUUCUAUACAUACAACACUGUCUAGUGUUCUAUAGUUCUAUACAUACAACACUGUCUAGUGUUCUAUAGUUCUAUACAUACAACACUGUCUGGUGUUCUAUAGUUCUAUACAUACAACACUGUCUAGUGUUCUAUCCAUACAACACUGUCUAGUGUUCUAUAGUUAUAUACAUACAACACUGUCUAGUGUUCUAUAGUUCUAUACAUACAACACUGUCUAGUGUUCUAUAGUUCUAUACAUACAACACUGUCUAGUGUUCUAUAGUUCUAUACAUACAACACUGUCUAGUGUUCUAUACAUACAACACUGUCUAGUGUUCUAUAGUUCUAUACAUACAACACUGUCUAGUAUUCUAUAGUUCUAUACAUACAACACUGUCUGGUGUUCUAUAGUUCUAUACAUACAACACUGUCUGGUGUUCUAUAGUUCUAUACAUACAACACUGAAAUGUAUUGGAGUAUUUUGCACAUUGCAAAGGCAUACACCUAACUAUAUUGGUUAUAGAAUUAUGUAUUUUUGGUAAACAAUUUGUUGUAUUAAAUCACUACCUGUAAAAUCAGGAAGAAUUACAAUACCAUUUGUCAGCAUUUGCCCUCUAUUCCUGAUUCUCUGCUGUGGUUGUUUGGUGAAUGAAUGAUGUAUCUAACGUGGUCUCUGUUUCUGUCUCCAUAGGGGCUCUGUACAGUUUCCUGUGUCAGUACUACAGUUCAGUGUGUCAGAGCUGCUUCACACGCUGUCCUGACGUCAGCCUCUAUUCCUUCAUCUACCAGGAG